CGCUCCUGCCCGUCUCUCGAUUGCAUAGUGUGGCGGAGCCGCGUUGGAUUGGCUGACUUCAAGAGCGGGCGUGGCGGUUGUGGCCCGGCGAUGGAGGCUGUGCGGUGUCCCGAGCAUGGAUCCUUGUGUUUCUUGAAGACGGGCGUCCGGGAUGGCCCCAACAAGGGGAAGAGCUUCUACGUGUGCGGAGCGCAGGGCCCGGCGGGAUGCAGCUUCGUCCUCCCGGCGCCUCUUCCUCCUUCUCACUGCCUGAUGCACGAGGGGUGCAUGGUCGAGCUGCAAGUCCUGGUUCAGCAGCAGGACAGAGAUGAAUACCAGUUGUUUUACCGAUGCCUUAAAAGUAAGUUGAAUGGGAAGAAAUGGUGUGGAAGUGUCCCAUGGCAGGAUCCAAAAGCUACCAAAGUGUCAAAAGACUUGGAAUCCCAGCCCAACGCAACACUUCUUCUGAAUCCCAGCGGCCAAAGAAACCCCUUCAAAGUGAUAGACAAGAAUUGUGAACCAUCAUCCUGGAAACAACUCAAGCAAGGAAGUGGAGAGGAAAGUAAAGUAAAAGGAGUAAAAACAGAGAAAGAAAGUGUGCUGGUAUCACAUAAAGAAAAGAAAUCAAUCUCUGAUUCCUCUGUAGAGAAAGAACCUCUAGAAGAGCUGAAAACUGAAAAAACACAAUCCACGGGAAAUAAGAGUGAUCCAGAACUUAAGGAGAGCACAGUUUCUGAAUCCAAACUUUGUCCUUCAGAGACUUCAAAAGGGAAAAAAGACCUUUGGGAGGAAGAUAAAUACAGUGGCAGGGAAUCCACAAAAUCUUCUGAGUGUGUGGAGAAAGAGACAGGUGUGAGAUCAAAGCUCUGUCUCCUAAGUUUUGGAAAGCAAAGAACAAAUACUAAGGAACCAGAGGAAGAGCAGCUCAGAGAGAAAAGCUGUGGAGCUAAAGAAACCAGAGAAAAAGAAUACAUUGGUCAGAAGAAUGGAGGUGCAAAACUGAUAGCUAAAGAAAAUGAAAUUUCCCCAGCAAUACCAGAAUCAGUAUUCCAACGCACUGCCCCAAAGGAAGGAGCAGAAGCAGUGCUGCUGAAGACACAAAUCAGGCCAGGGCUGGGACAGCCUGCUGAUAAAGUCUCUGAUAAUGACAGUAAUGAAGUAAGACUUGUUCAUUCCUCAUCAGGUAAAAGUAAACCUGAACCACCAGUUGAGGAUUUGCAGUCAAGAGAGAUUCCUUCAGGCAAAUCGGGAAAGAAUGUGCCAGGAACUGCAGCAUCACAUCAUGUGGAACGACCCCUGGACCCUAGAGCUCUUCACAACCAUCUGGUAGUCCAGCUGAAGCAGAAGAAGAGUACGUUGGCUACAGUGAACAUUCAGCUGCUGCCAGAUAAAGGAGAACGGUUAUUAAAGCAAGUGCAGGAUUUGGAAGCUGCACUCAGUGCUCUUAACAUUUCAACAGCAGGUACUACUGAAAAAGGGGAGGAUAGGACAUGCAGUAGCUGCCAUGAGGAAUCUUUGCCUAACCCAUUUGGCAGGGCGGGUGAUACCAAGUUGAUAGCACCGCUACCACUCCAAGAUCCUACAUCAAGGGCUUCUUCAGACUCUCACAGUCAUCCCUCUGCUGCUGCUACUUUGGGUUCUAGUGAAUAUUACGGCCACAAUUUUGGAAUGAACUCCACUGUGCAGAAUCUAUAUGGAGGAAGAAUGACAGAAGAUCGAAUUCGGGCUGUACACAGUGCCACAAGUGAGGCUAUUAAUCAUCUUUACAAAUCUUUAGAAUCCUGUCCAAUGGAGAAGACAGCAGCUGGAGAUCCCUCUGGAUUGAAGGUUCCACUGCUACUGCACCAAAAACAGGCACUCGCGUGGCUGCUCUGGAGAGAGAGUCAGAGGCCAUGUGGAGGAAUUCUGGCGGAUGACAUGGGCUUGGGGAAGACUCUAACCAUGAUUGCUCUCAUUCUGGCCCAGAAGCAGCAGAAGACAGAGAAGAGAAAGGAGAAGUUAGAAAUAUGGCUAUCCAAAAAUGAUUCCACUGUUAUCCCUUCCCACAGCACUUUAAUAAUUUGUCCUGCAUCCUUGAUCCAUCACUGGAAGAAAGAGAUUGAUAAACGUGUAGACUGGGGCAAACUGAGGGUCUAUUUAUACCAUGGGCCAAACCGAGAUAAACACGCAGAGGUGCUCUCUGAAUAUGAUGUUGUUGUCACAACCUACAGCCUCCUCUCCAAGGAGGUUCCCACAAGCAAAGAGGAGGGGGAAGCCCCUGCUCAGGACCAUGAUGUAGAGAGCAGCUCAUCUCCCUGCUCCCCACUGCUCAGGGUAGCUUGGGCUCGAGUGAUAUUGGAUGAAGCUCACAAUAUUAAAAACCCAAAGGUUCAAACCUCUAUAGCUGUGUGCAAACUGAGAGCCAAUGCCAGAUGGGCUGUCACUGGGACGCCGAUACAGAACAACUUACUGGACAUGUACUCUCUCCUGAGGUUUUUACGUUGCUCUCCUUUUGAUGAAUACAAAGUGUGGAAGUACCAGGUAGAUAACAACACAAAGAAAGGAGGAGAAAGGCUAAGUCUCUUAAGCAGGAGCCUCUUAUUACGGAGAACUAAGGAUCAGCAGGAUUCAGCUGGCAAGCCCUUGGUAUCUCUACCUCAGCGUAAUACACAAUUGCAUCAGUUAAAACUUUCAGCUGAGGAGCAGUCUGUAUACAAUGUGCUGUUUGCAAGAUCCAGGUCAACACUACAAUCCUACCUAAAGAGACAGGAGCAGAAAAAUGAAGGCAGAGAGUCUGCUGGCAGUAACCCAUUUGAAAAAGUUGCACAAGAGUUUGGGGCCAGUCAAAAGGAAUUUCUAGCAGGCUCUCAAAGUACCUCCCAGGUCUCAAGUACUGUCCAUGUGUUGUCCAUGCUGUUGAGGCUCCGUCAGUGCUGCUGCCAUCUCUCCUUACUGAAAAUGGCUCUGGACCAAGUAAAUUUGAACAGUGAAGGCCUUUCCCUCUCCAUUGAGGAACAGCUUAGUGCUUUGACCCUGUCUGAGCUCCAGACUCCUGAUUCCAAGUCAACAGUCUACCUCAAUGGCACAGCUUUUAAAACAGAUAUCUUUGAAAUCACCAAGGAGAGCACCAAGAUAGCUCACCUCUUGGCUGAACUGAAAGCUAUUCAGAGUCACUCAGAGACACAAAAAAGUGUUGUUGUCUCUCAGUGGACGAGUAUGCUGAAAGUUGUGGCUGUGCAUCUCCAGCGACUGGGGAUGAAGUAUGCAACAGUGGAUGGCUCUAUCAAUCCUAAGCAGAGAAUGGAUUUGGUAGAAGAGUUCAAUAACAACCCCAAAGGGCCUCAGGUAAUGUUGGUCUCAUUGCUGGCUGGAGGCAUUGGCCUGAACUUGACUGGAGGAAACCACCUCUUUCUCCUUGACAUGCACUGGAAUCCUGCUCUUGAGGACCAGGCAUGUGACCGCAUUUACCGAGUGGGGCAGCAGAGGGAUGUUGUGAUACACAGGUUUGUCUGUGAAGGAACGGUAGAAGAAAAGAUUGCACAGCUCCAGAAAAGAAAGAAAGUUCUUGCUCAGCAAGUGCUGUCAGGCAAAGGGGAGGCCUUCACUAAGCUCACUCUGGCUGACCUCAAAAUUCUCUUUGGCAUCUAAUUAUCCUUUACAAUACAUAAUAGAAAGUGAUUUGAUACCUACAAGUAACUGUAGGUUGGUAACUGUAACAAGUCUUCGACAAAGGACUGCUGAUUUAAGGUGGUCAUUUUGAACAAAUAACUACAUUUUUGUAACUGUUCUAUGAAGAAAAGUUGUCAGCUUCAGGAAUUUGUUUUAAUACUGAAAUAAGAUUAUGUAUCCAAAAGUUAAUAUAGUUAUAAAUUAAGCUAUUGUU